GUAAAGCGCCGCGACGGGGUGGGCCAAUGGGAGGGGUUGCCACACCGAAGCCUUGCUCUGAUUGGUCCAUAGUUACACCAGGGGCGGAGCUCGGUCCCGCUCUAUAAAUUCUCAACUCACAUUUUCCUACAGAAGUUAAAACGCAACCGGGUUGGAUGGCAGUCGGUGGGGCGCGCGCUACGUGAGUCACAAGUGUCAGCAGGUGGCUUUAACUCUCACCCAAAAAGCAAACUAAAUUACGGAAACUCAACCGAGACUAGAGUUUACAGGUUUACAGAUGCCGGGAGUUUGUUAAGCGCUCAGUUAAGUGUUCCGCGUGCCUCGGUCUCUUCCUCAGCUGACCAAUGCUUCUACAUCAGUACAUGAACGCAUCUCUGGAAGCCAUGCACCCCACGACGCUCCAGAAAGACACCACUUUUACCAAAAUCUUCGUGGGCGGGCUGCCGUACCACACGAACGACGCGUCCCUGCGAAAGUAUUUCGAAGCCUUCGGGGACAUUGACGAGGCCGUGGUGAUAACGGACCGGCAGACGGGCAAGUCCCGGGGCUACGGCUUCGUGACGAUGACGGAGCGGGGAGCGGCCGAGCGAGCCUGCAAGGACCCCAACCCCAUCAUCGACGGCAGGAAGGCCAACGUCAACUUGGCCUAUCUGGGUGCCAAACCUCGCAGCAUGCAGACAGGCAUAUCCAUCGGGGUGCAGCCCCUCCACCCAGCACUCAUCCAGAGGCAGUACGGAUUGACCCAGCCGUACAUCUACCCGCAAGCAUUCGUGCAGCCCAGCCUGGUGCUGCCCACUCAGGUGUCCAGCUCGGUCAGCAGCAGCCCCUACCUGGACUACAGCGCCGCCUACAGCCAGUACGCGCAGGCCGCCUUCGAGCAGCAGCAGCAGUACCCGUACGCCGCCUCCCCGGCCGGCUUCCUGAGCUACAGCUACGCCACCAGCCCCACGGCCGCCGCCGGGCCCGCCGCCGCCGCCCCCGCCCCCCCCCACCGUCCACCCCAACCUGCCCUCGGCCGCCGCCGCCGCCCCGGCCUUCCUGCACUACGCCCCGCAGCAGCACGUCCAGCCUGA